AAGAAAAAUAAUAAUUGGGGGUAGAUACGCGCAUGAAAUAAAUUGGACUACUAUAUAUGUGUAUUGUUAUUGCGUACACAUGUAUUAAAAUUAUUUUUAUUUGUUGAAUUCUUUUGUUUUGAAAGAGGUAGCGGCAAUUCCUAGAGAGAGAAAGAGACAGGGAAGAGAGAUUGGUGAAGAAGAAGAUAACAAGCUCUGCUCAUAAUAUUCGAAUUUUUGUUAGUUUCAGUUUUGAAUUUGAGGAUGAGGGUGUCCAUGGAUUGGAUUUGUUGACCUAAAAUUAUUUCGUUUCACCGUAUUCUCUUGCUCUGGUUCAUUUCCAGCACUACCCGAUGAUGUUGUCGAGAAUGGAGGCUGGGAAGAAGAGUGGUGGGGGUUCUGGUAACCCGAAGAAGUUGUUGAAGGAUGUUGAAACCAUAAAUAAAGCUUUGUACUUGGAUAGAAGCUCUUCAAAGAGUUCACUAUCUAGUGCAAAUUCUCGAUCUAAAUUCACAGGGAAACCCCAGUUACCUGAUCCCAAAUCAAAGUCUAAAGCCAUUGGUGAUAAUAAUGAUGAGGGUGUUCUCAAGGAUAAGAAAUCCAUAUGGAAUUGGAGGCCACUAAGGGCCCUUUCUCACAUCCGAAAUAAGAGGUUCAAUUGUAGUUUUUAUCUUCAAGUUCAUUUGAUUGAAGGGUUGCCUUCCACUUUUGAUGAUGCUAGCCUUGCUGUGUACUGGAAGAGGCGUGAUGGUGUUCUUGUGACUGGUCCGGCCAAGGUGAUUCAAUCUGUGGCUGAAUUUGAGGAGAAGUUGACCUACACUUGCUCGGUGUAUGGCAGUAGGAGUGGACCUCACCAUUCUGCCAAGUAUGAAGCAAAGCAUUUUUUGCUCUAUGCUUCUCAUCUCGGUGUGCCGGAGCUUGAUUUGGGGAAGCACAGGGUGGAUCUCACGAGGCUGCUUCCUCUCACUCUGGAGGAGCUUGAGGAGGAGAAGAGCUCGGGGAAGUGGACCACUAGUUUUCGAUUAACGGGGGCGGCUAAGGGUGCUGUGAUGAAUGUCAGUUUUGGGUAUGUGGUGGUUGGAGAUAAUGCUAGUGCUACCAGAGAUAGCUAUAGUUCUCCUAAAGCAAUGGCCUCCAGGCAGAACAGUUUUUCUGUGGCGAAGCCAGAUGUUAAACCAAGACAGUAUGAUGGAAGCAGCAGGGUGAGACGUGCCGCAAGUUUGCAGUUCUCACCUCAAGCAGCAGAUGAGGUAAAGGAUCUUCAUGAGGUAUUGCCAUUAUCUAAGACGGCACUAGCCAGUUCAAUAGACAUCUUAUAUAAGAAAUUUGAUGAAGAAAAGACGAGUGAUCCUCUGCAUGAGGAAGCAGAACUUGAUUCCUUCACAGAAAAUCUUGGGCCCAUCAAACCAGAUGCCUUUGCUUCUGAUCUUGGAAAAGAAAAGCCUGAAGAGCAUGUGAAUAAGGAGGAAAAUCUUGGGCCCAUCAAACCAGAUGGCUUUGCUUCUGACCUUCGAAAAGAAAAGCCUAAAGAGCAUACGGAUAAGGAUGAAAAUACAUGUCCAGUGCAUGUCGAACCUGAACACUCUGUAUUUCAAGAAAAGCUGGAGACGGUUAAAUCAGAUGACAAUCCUUUACUGGAUUCUGGAAAUGAAAACUAUGAACAGUGUCAAGGUAACGAAUUUUUUGUUGUCGAUAAGGGCAUAGAACUGUCAUCAAAUGAACCUGUUAAAGUAGAGGAAUCUGUCAUAAAGGCUCCUGAGGAUGCUUCUACUGCUGAUACUUCCUGUACCGGUGGUAUAUUGGGUUCUGAGGAUAGUAUUCAACAUGAUUUUCUGGAUGAGGCAAAUGAUAGUUCUAAGGAUCAGGCAGCGGUAGAGGAAUUUGCUAGCAAAGAGAAUGGUUUAGACACUAAUGAGCUGCUGCUCCUGCAAGAGCUAGAAUCUGCUUUAAAUUGUGUUUCGAAUUUGGAGAGAGUAGCACUAGAUUCUCCUAAACCUACAGAAGCGAAAUCUGAACAUAAGAUGACGAGGUCACAUAGCUUGGAUGAUGUUACAGAAUCAGUUGCCAGUGAAUUUUUAAGCAUGUUAGACUUAGACCGUAGUCCGAUGGGCUUGAGUUCUGAAAGCGAGCCUGAGUCACCAAGAGAGCUACUUUUGAGACAAUUUGAGAAGGAGGCUCUGGAUGGGGGCUUCUCUUCUUUGUUUGAUUUUGACAUGAAUUAUGAUAAUGAAGCAGAUGGUGAGUAUGAUGCUUCUGCUGCAUCUGAGCAGCAGAACUUUUCUGAGGGGGUUAAGUCAUCAUCCUUCUUGCAAGAUCUGCAGGAGGAGCAUCGAGUUGAGCCUCCGGAUGUGGGGAGCAAACACAGGGCUCAGAUGCUAGAAGACUUGGAAACAGAAGCCUUGAUGCGGGAAUGGGGUUUUAAUGAGCGGGCUUUUCAUCAUUCUCCACCAAAAGAUUGUGCUGGUUUUGGAAGUCCAAUUCAUUUACCGCCUGAAGAGCCUCCCAUAUUGCCUCCUCUUGAUGAGGGGUUGGGCCCUUUUCUUCAGACAAAAGACGGGGGGUUUGUACGGUCUAUGAAUCCAUCGCUCUUCAAGAAUUCUAAAAGUGGUGGAAGCUUAAUCAUGCAGGUAUCCAACCCUGUUGUGGUACCUGCAGAAAUGGGUUCUGGGAUAAUGGAGGUUUUGCAGUGUUUGGCUUCAGUGGGAAUUGAAAAGCUCUCAAUGCAGGCAAAAGAGUUAAUGCCGCUGGAAGAUAUCACAGGGAAGACAAUGCAACAAGUAGCAUGGGAAGCUAUGCCUGCCAUAGAAGGAGCAGAGAGGCAAUGCCAUUCGCAGCAUCAUCCAAUAACAGGCCAAGGCAGUGCAUGUGUGCAAAGGGACUUGAAAGGAAUGCCAUCUGGAUUAAAGUCUGGUAAGUUAAGUUCAAAGUCAGUGGCCAACCAAACAGGCUCAGAAUUUGUUUCAUUAGAAGACCUUGCUCCAUUGGCUAUGGAUAAAAUUGAAGCACUUUCAAUGGAGGGUUUGAGAAUACAAUCUGGGAUGUCAGAAGAGGAAGCACCGUCAAACAUCGUUGCUCAGUCCAUUGGGAAUAUUUCAGCUCUUCAGGGCAAGGGGGUUGAUGUUAGUGGUUCCCUUGGCCUGGAUGGAGCUGCUGGUUUGCAGUUGAUGGAUGUAAAAGACGGCAGUGAUAGCGUUGACAGUGUUGAUGGGAUAAUGAGCCUAUCAUUAACCCUUGAUGAAUGGAUGAGGCUGGAUUCAGGUGAGAUUGAUGAUAUGGAUAACAUCAGUGAGCAUACUUCCAAAGUUCUUGCAGCCCAUCACGCAAACUCUUUUGACUUCAUUCGUGGGAGUUCGAAGGGAGAGAAGCGACGAGGCAGAGGCAGAAAAUGUGGUUUGCUAGGAAACAAUUUCACAGUAGCAUUAAUGGUGCAACUGCGCGAUCCUCUGAGAAAUUAUGAGCCGGUUGGAACGCCAAUGCUUGCUCUCAUACAAGUUGAGAGAGAGUUCAUGCUCCCUAAGCAGAAAAUUUUCAACAGCGUGUCUGAGAUAAGGAAAAACAACGAUGACGAUGAUGAGAAUGAGAUAGUAGCGAAGGUGGAGACAAAGGACACCAAGAAAGAGGAGAAAGGUUCUGAAGAGAAAGAGGAAGAGGGCAUUCCCCAGUUCAGAAUUACUGAAGUCCACGUGGCAGGCAUGAAGCCUGAGCCUCAGAAAAAGAAGCUUUGGGGCACCUCAAGCCAGCAACAGUCUGGUUCUCGCUGGUUGCUUGCUAAUGGAAUGGGGAAGAGCAAUAAUAAGCUUUCACUAAUGAAAUCAAAGGCUGUAUCAAAAUCUAAUGCUCCGGUUACCACUAAGGUGCAACCUGGUGACACCUUGUGGAGCAUAUCAUCUCGAAUUUAUGGCACUAGAGGAAAAUGGAAGGAGUUAGCAGCACUAAAUCCACAUAUAAGAAACCCCAAUGUCAUUAUACCAAAUGACACUAUAAGACUUAGCUGAAGUUCACAACUUAGAUUCUUGUUUUCUCUUGGAGUUGUUAAUUUUAUCAAGCCACCUGAUUCUGAACUCCUUGUCACUCAGGAACCUGUGCUAGGAAAUUGUUUGGUUUUGUUAUUAUAGCAUCCAUCAAAUUGGACUCAUCUUUUGAUAAUUAUUGCAAAGUACUAGAUACAGAGCAUUCAUGAUGUAUUUUUCUGUAGGCACAUUUUUCUUUUGUAAAGUUGUUUGUAACUUUUGCAUGCAUCAUUUGUAUUUAUGUCCUCUUGAAGCUCUGUUUGUAUGUUACAUGGGAUACAUUAUAUUGCAGUCCACAAAUAGAUCGAGUAUUCUUGCAGAAAA